GAUGAUCAACAAGUUGUAGUAGUAUUAACGUCAAUAUUAUUAAUGUAUUUCUGCUAUAUCAGCAGAAUGCAUAACUAUUGCAAGAAGAGGAGAAAACUGAGCGUACUGAUAACAAGCAUUAUAAUUGUCCUUAUUGUAUUUAUAAGCUCAGUGAUUCGAUAUGAUCAAGAAAAAGAUGAGUUGUUGAAGUUUCAAGAUGGCCGCCUGCAACAAAUGUUCACAUCAAGUGUACAAGUUAAAACUGCAGAAAACAAAUCAAGUCGUUAUCAAAGCAAUUUGAGGUCCAUUAAGAACAGUAUAUCAAACAUAAGUCCUAAUCGUGUAGAUCUGACUGGUGCAAACUUGUCACAUAUAUUUAUCAGUGUGAAAACAACUUCUCAGAAUCACCAGAGGAGGCUCCAGUUACUUUUAAACACCUGGAUCAUGUAUGCAAAAACACAGACCUACAUAUUCACAGAUAAUUUUGACAACAGUCUUGAUGAAAGCUUCCCAGGGCAUUUGAUCAACACAAACUGCUCAAAUGACCAUAACAGGAGAUCUCUUAUAUGUAAAAUGGGGUAUGAAUUUGAUCACUUCAUCCUGUCUGGCCAUCGAUGGUGGUGCCACGUGGAUGACGACACAUACGUAAACGUUGUGGAGCUGGUAAAGCUGCUGGGGACAUACAAGCACACGGAGGACUGGUACCUCGGUCGACCUAGCCUUGACCAUCCUAUUGAGGUGAUAGACCAUCUUCACCGAGGUCAAAAGCUGGCAUUUUGGUUUGCUACUGGUGGAGCAGGUUUCUGCAUUAGUCGGGCCCUGGCUUUGAAAAUGGUGCCAUAUGCAGGUGGUGGUCGCCUACAGCGGGCUGGGGAUCAGAUCCGGCUGCCAGAUGACUGUACCCUUGGAUACAUCAUUAACAGCGUAUUGCACCGUGAGUUGACUGUGAUAGACCGGUUCCAUUCCCACCUGGAGCCCCUGGGGAGGAUCAGUCCCCCAGAUAUCAGAUCUCAGAUAACAUUCAGCUAUAAUCGGAGAAAAAACAGGAUCAACAUUGUCAACGUCCCAGGAUUUUCGGAGGACAUUGAUCCCACCAGGUUCUGGUCAAUACAUUGUCACCUGUACCCUCUCAGCAACGAGUGCCUCUCCCAUCCUGACAGAUGACACGCCGUGAACACGCACACCCUUUGCUGUCCUCACACUGUGAUUAAUGUUUAUAUUCACUGGUCAUUAUAAGCCUACCUGUUUUUCCUAGAAUACAACUUAGUUAUAUUCACUGGGUAUAUUAGCCAAUCUGUUUUUCCUAGAAUACAACUUAGUUACUAGUCAUAGCCUUUGUGUGAUAGUCAUUGUGGUUGUUGGCAUAAAGCCAAUACUGAUAUAUUGGCUGAAACAUUAAAUUGUCAUGAUAGUACACUGACAAUGCACAAAAGUUAAGCAGAUGUAAUCACUGGCUCAAACUAUAUUUUUUGCAACAACCUGCAAUCAGCCUAGAGAAACAGGCCUUUUCUCAUUAUAAUUUGCCCAUGCAGAAACUGCUUGUUUUAAGCUUGUCUGUUGUUUUUUAAGCCGUGGUGUUUGUUGUUUUAUUUGUAAAAAUGUAAAAAAAAAAUAACCUUUGCAACAACUUAAAAAAUAAAAUGAGAUGUUCAAUUGAAACUUGGACCACAUGUUGUCAGAGACAAUAGGCACAUGUAUAGCAAUGCCCAUAACUCGGGCUUUCAUAAAUGUCAAGUUAAGCCCCUUGUUUGAUUUAGAAAAACAAUCCAGACAAGCGUUGACAUUCUGGUUAUGGUGCUUUUCUUUAGCAUUUCAUGGAAUGCGACAUGCUGACUAGACUUCAGGUUGUGAUUGUUUUUUAAUGCCAUUAUAUUUUAAAAGUUGUGAAUUGUUUCAUCACUGUGAAGUUGAAAUUAGAACAAAUAAGCCAAUUAUAUUGUUUUUAAAUUCUACUAGAUUUAUUUUAUACUAAUCAUUUAUAUUGCCUCUUUUUAUCUCUUGUCGGGUUGUGAUUUUACAUGACCAUGUGAAAAUCACAAAAUAAGAAAGUGCACAAGUUCAAAUAGUAUGCAUAAUGUUAAGUUUCAAACUUAAUGUGCAAACUUCUUGCAGAAAAGGCUCAAAUAUAUUUAUAAAAUAAAACAAGGAAGCAAAGUAUCUUUGUAAGUGGGUCAACUUUCACUGAUAUUAAAUCUUAGAUGAAAAGGCAAUUUGUUGACCUACAUGUAUGUUUGAAAGUUUGGAAAACUGUUUGUUUUGUUUCUAGCUCUAUGUUAAAGAAACUGUUUAAUAAUUUACAGGUUUAAUUUUUUUUUGUGCAAAUCUCUGGUGCUAUUGUUCUUAUAAUGUUUUUCCUAAACACUAUUUUAAAUUCUUAAAACUAAUUAUUAUAAUUAUAUGUCCACCUUAAGCAGGUGUUGAAACAUAUUGUAUACAAUUAAUAAAAAAAAACAUUGCAGUGUUGUAGUACCUUGAUAAUGGUAACAUUCAAAUGAAUGACCAAAUUGGCUGCAAGAAUGUCAUUUUAACUUGAUGGUACUGAAAUUGUUAUAUAAUUUAUAGGGCAGUGUACUGUGUAUUAUAUGUUUCUGUUGAACGACUUGUUUUCACUUAAUGCAAUCUGGCUUUAAUUAUGGGUCUAUGAGUAUUGACAUGAUAACAUUAAAAAUGUUGGGCGGUUAUUCAUAACGCUUCUUAAGUCUUUUUUAACUUAAGUCACUUUCUUAAUUUAAGUAUCAGGCUUAUUUGUCAUAUGAUACAAAGUCUUAAUAAGUCCUGGAAUACUUUUAUAUUCAAAACACUAAUGCAUUUCUUUAAUUUUGACUAUGAAAUAUUAAUUAAAUCAAUUUAAGUUUGGAAAUACCUUAAGAUGCUUUUUGAAUAUGGCCCUAACUUAUAGUAUACAUGCAUUGAUGCCUUUUCAUGAAGGGGACACAAGGUAAUGCCUAAUAAUUAACUCCCAUUGCUAAUUUCUAUGUUCUGAAUUAGGAUGAACAUUUAUACAUAUUCUAUUUUUGUAUUUUAAUUGUACCUUUAUGCAUUUAUCCUGGACCAACUAUUGAUUCUUUUAUUAAUGUGUUCUAAAUUUUAUAUACAUGUUGAUUAUACACAAUAUUUUAUUUUGUUAUGAAAUGUUUUAAUAAAGAAUUUGAAAUACA